AGGUGCAUAUUUUUUCUACAUUAGUUCAUCGAUGAAGUAGAAAAAUGCAUAUGAAAUUACUUUUUGGUAUUCAGCUUCGUUUUUGUUAAUCCUGCAUUUUCAAUUGCUAACUUUGCUCAUCAUACCUAAGAAAUACCUUGUCGAUAAACUUUUGCAGUAUUUUAGGUGGGCUUCAUGGAAAGCAUGCAAAUAGAAAUCUGCGCAUGCGUGAAAAACUCCUUUAUUUUUGUUUUCUGUUUGCGAGGAAUGGUGAUUCUCGAUGGGAGAUAAAAUUCAACUGUGUGUCAUGCAUUAGUCUUUCUGCGCUCUCCACUGCCGUUCUCGCGGCCUGCUUCCGAGCACUGCCCGCAGCCGUCCGGGCGGCACGCCGCCGUCGCCGCCGCAGCCAUGAGCUCGGCCGAGCGCAAAUGGCCGUGCGAGUACUGUACGUACGAGAACUUUCCCUCGUCCAAAAAGUGCACCAUGUGUUACGCGCCGCGCCCCGUGUACCUGAUCUCGGAGGAGGCCGACCAGGACAUCUACAUCUGCGGCGGCGGCGGCGGCGGCGGCGGCGGCGGUGGGGGCAGCGGCGGCAGCCCGCCCGCCUCGCCGACCGCUGACGACGCGUCGCGCAAGUGGGCCUGCUCGCUGUGCACCUACCUGAACUGGCCCCGCGCCGCCAAAUGCGUGCAGUGCCGCUCGCCGCGCCGGCGCGCCUCCCCACUAACGGCGGCCAACCUGCACGAGGCGCUGGCGCCGCUACACAUCCGCACCCCGUCCUCGGAGAGCCUGGCGCGCCGCGGCUCGCCCUCGACCCCCUCGCCGCGCCACCACGAGCCGCGCGAGCCCGGCACACGCAAGUGGGUGUGCUCGACGUGUACGUACGAGAACUACCCGCGCACGCGGCGCUGUGCCAUGUGCCAGACGUGGCGGCCGGCGGAGGAGGAGCCUUCGGACGGCGGCGGCGCGGCGGCCGCCUCGCCGCCUCUCUCCAACUACGAGUACGAGCGCCGGCUGCGCCAGCUGCGGCGCCGCCAGCGCGAGGCGGACUGGGUGUGGCUGAACGCCUGUCUGGCCACGGUCGACGGCGACCCGGAGCCCGUCGACGCCUACCUGUCCUCAGGCGGUGACCCGGCCCGCCAGCUCAGUAAGGCAGAGGUGGCACUGCUAAAUCGGCCGGCCGUGUUCGACGUGGGCCUCACGCUAGUCCACCUGGCCAUCAGGUUCUGCCAGGACACGAUUCUGUCUACGGUGCUCUCUCGGAUGGAGGGCGCCGGCUCGGGAGUGAAGCGGGUGCCCUCGCUGGUGGCGCCGGACGUAGCGCAGGCCGUCCGGCGCUCGGUGGCUACCACCCUAAGACAGAAGAAGGUCGCCUUCCCCUGCUACUUCAUGACCGACAUGACGUGGUUCUCACUGCCUGCAGACCUGGACGAGCUGCCGGACAUGGUGCAGCAGCAGCUGUUCGAGGAGCUGCUCGACAAGGAGGCGCAGAAGGAGCUCGAGGCCGACGCGCCCAUCAUCAACUGGAACCUGGACGUGACGGAGCGGCUCGGCAGCCGGCUGUACGCGCUGUGGAACCGCACCGCCGGCGACUGUCUGCUCGACUCGGUACUACAGACUACCUGGGGCGUGUUCGAUAGGGAGAACACGCUGCGCCGCGCACUGUUCGACAGCCUGCACGAGGCCGCCAGCGCUUUCUACCCGCGCUGGUACGAGUACGAGCUGCAGCAGACGGAGCGGCUCGAGUACCGGCUCGACGAGGACCAGCUGCGACACGACUGGCUGCAGCUACUGGCGCUCGGGAAGCCGGGCACGCCGCUCGAGCAGCUGCACGUGUGGACGCUGGCGCACAUCAUCCGCCGGCCCAUCAUCGUCUACGGAGUCAAAUAUGUCAAGAGCUUCCGCGGUGAGCCGCUCGGCUACGCCAGGUUCGAAGGGGUGUACCUGCCGCUGCUGUGGGACUCUUCGUUUUGCUCCAAGUCGCCCGUCUGCCUCGGCUACACCCGCGGCCACUUUUCGGCGCUGAUCCCCGCCAUGCCGCCGACCUCGCACCUCACAGGGGCAGGCGCCGACCUGCACAGUCCGGAGACGGGCGGCGUGGUGUUCUACCCGCUGAUGACGCACGACGGCGCGCUGCUGCCGGUACACUUUGUGACGCGCUCGGAGCGCGGCCGAGAGGAGGCCCUGCUCCGCCAGUGGCUGGACGUGUGUGUCACGGACGGCGGCUGCCUGGUGACUCAGUGCCAGCUGCCGCGGCCGCCGCUGCUGGUGGCCCAGAUGGUCCAGGAGUGGCUCAACUACUACAGACGCAUGUGCCCAGUGACGGGGCCGGUGUUCCCCACCAAGCUGCCAGCGGCCGCCGACGAGGCCAGCUCGGAUAACGAGUCGGAGGGCGAGUGACCUCCCGCCCGCCGCCGGCUGUCACGCCUAUAGUCCAGUGAUAUUUCCGUAGUCAGCGCGCCCGCCGGCGCCACCGCCCCUAGCCAGACUAGUACCUGACGGAGAGAGAGUGGCCCGGCGCGCGCCAGAAACCCACCCGCUGGGAUGUUAUAUGAAUUCCUGCCUAUUUGUCCGGCCGGCGCCGGCCGCCAAAACACAGUCGCUACGGGCAGCUCGUGUAUUCGCCGGGGGUCGGUCUGAGGCCCGCUGGAAUGCCGUGAGGCGAAAACGAACGGCCAACGGUGGGUAGGGCGGCCCGUCGGUGAUGGACAAAGCAGAGACGCGGAAGGAGGACACGCCAGCACUGUACACGCAGCGUCUUUCCCUGGCGGAGGCUGUACUCGUCCGCCGCACCGUCGAGCGGUUAGUGAGCGAGAGAAUAUAUACUAUACUGCGAUACACGAGCGCGACUAAAACCUCUACUGCGGCGCGCCCAUCGUGUUAAAAGGUCUGUUGCUUGUUAGUGCAUACAAACGCCGACCCAACAAAAACCAGGGGUCGGGGAAUCUGAAUAUGAGUGUGAUGAUGAGUGUGAACGCUAGCGCCGUCUUACGGCCUCACUGUCAAUGAUGCCCCGGCGGCCGCGGUCGCGGGGAUAAUAUAACUGAACACCGUGUC